CUUCAGCUUUGGUUGAUUAAACAAUCUAUCAAUAUUUUUUUAAAUUUUUCGAACAUUUUUUCGAACAGCGUUUUCGAGACGAAGAAAUAACCAUAGAAAUAACCAACGAGAACCAAACGAAGAAAUAAAACAGCUAAAAAAUGUAUAUAUCAUAGAUGUAAAGGCAGGGACUAUAUUAGUCCUUGAUGGCUGAAUCUUCGCUAAGUUGCAAUAGAAGCGUCUUGGAUUUUUUAAUGUUGGUUGGAAAACUAAAGCACAUUAAAAGAACUGGAUGGGUACGUUCUAACGUUCCAGAUUGUGAGACGAUUGCUGGACAUAUGUAUAGGAUGAGCGUGAUGGCAUUUCUUUUAGGUGAUCAGAUUUCUUCAAAUCUUGACAGAAAUAAAUGUAUAAAAAUGUGUCUUGUUCAUGAUAUGGCAGAAUGUAUUGUUGGUGAUAUCACACCUUUCUGUGGUGUUAGUGCUGAAGAGAAACACUCACGAGAAGUGGCUGCUAUGAAGAGAUUGUCAUCUCUUGUUGGUAAAGAAGUAGGAGCUGAAUUCUUGAGCUUGUUUAUGGAAUAUGAAGAAAAGGAAACUGCAGAAUCUAAAUUUGUACAUGAUUUAGAUAAGUUUGAUAUGAUUCUUCAAGCGUAUGAAUAUGAAAAAGAGUCAAACAAUUCUCUAGACCUGCAACAGUUUUUCAAUAGCACAGAAGGAAUAUUUCAAAAUCCUAUGGUAUUAGAAUGGGUGUCAGAUCUGAAAAAACAAAGAGGAAAGCCUUCAUCCGAAGAUUCUCUUUAAAUAAGAUUUUGAACAAAAGAAUUAUUGUUAGUUGUGAUAUUUUUUAUAAUUAAAUCUUAAAAAGUUUAUUUAUAUAUUUUGUGUGGUCUUUUGUUAAUAAAGAAGAAUUUAAAAUAUUAUUUAAUAUUUUGUUCUCCUUUAUGUCUUUGCAAUUUAGUUCACAUAAUGAGAGAUUUUUGUCAAUAUCACUCUUAUUAAAAAUGUAUUUCGUAACA